UACCAAGUGCCUUUCCUAACCUCUUCCACAAGCAAAUUUCAUCCUCCAUCGGUCUUUCGGGUGCUUUACAGGAGAAGACAGUCCACAAACAACUGGUAGCCAUGAGGAUCCUCUACCUGCUCUUCGCUGUUUUCCUCCUCUUCCAGGCUGCUCCAGGUUCUGCAGAUCCUAUUUUUCCUGACACCGCAGAGUGCAGGAGCCAGGGGAAUUUCUGCCGUGCUGCAGCAUGCCCACCCACCUUCACUGUAUCGGGGUCGUGCCACGGGGGGUUGCUGGUCUGCUGUUCAAAGUAA